AAAAUUGAGGUAAGACAAUUUGGCAAAGCAAAACCCCUCUCCCGAAAGAACGAGAGAGAGAGAGAAAUAAAGAUUCUCACUUUCUCUCUCAAAAUUCCCAAAUCGCAUUCGAUUCGCAUAUUUCACAACAAACCCUAAUUCAAAUAUGCACACAUUUCAGAUCUAACAAUCCCCAAUGCCGACCACAACCACCGCCACUAGCUACGGUGCUAUCUCCACCCCUUCCACCGCCACCUGGCAACCACCACCACCCUCCAAUCUAAUCCCCACUCCCCGCUCAUGGCGCGAAUUUCUCGACAUCUCCGCUCUCUCCCGUCCCCAUUCCUACGACGACGCAAUGCUCCGUCUCCGUCGAAAUCUCAACUACUUCCAGUUCAACUACGCCGCCGUAAUUCUACUAAUCGUCUUCCUCAGUCUUCUCUGGCAACCAGUUUCCAUGAUCGUUUUCUUGAUCCUCCUCGUCGCGUGGUUCUUUCUCUACUUUUCGCGUAACGGUCCUCUUGUAAUUCUCAAUCGAACAAUCGAUGAUCGAAUUAUUCUAUGCGGUUUGGGGAUUGUUACUGUUGUUGGACUUGUGUCAACUCAUGUUGGGGUUAAUGUGUUGGUUUCGUUGAUUGUUGGUGUUGUUGUUGUGGGUUUGCAUGCAUCUUUUAGGGUUAUUGAGGAUUUGUAUGUUGAUGAAGAAAGUGGGUUGCUUUCUGUUGUUGGAGGAACUCAAGUUCCUCCUAUUAGAACAAAUUACACUCCAAUUUGAUGAAUAAAGAAAGUGUUUUCAGUUUCGCGGUUAGUUUUGGUUUUUCUGCUUUGAAAAUUUUGAAGUUUUGCAUUGUCAAGUUAAUGGUUUUGUUAAGGGAAAGUAGACUUCAAAUCAAAGCUGAGUUGGUCUCACAGCAAUGGUGAAGUGACCAAUUUGUUGAUCAUUGGGUAUUCGGUGACUAUUACUCGUGUAUUGAAAAAAAAAUAUUCAAGCUGUUAUUUCACUUUGGUUGAUGAGAUUGUAACAAUGUUCAUGUAACAAAAGAAUUGAUCGCAUUGAAUCGGAAUUAGGUGUUUUUUUAUCUAGAUGGUGGGUCUGUUUUACUUGUUCAACAAUUUUUGUUACUUGUUCCAUUUUUACUUAUGAUUUGUUGAGUUCUCGAAUUUUGUUGCAUAACACACUCAUUUUGUCCACUGCUGAUCACAGCUGUGAAUGCAGAUUUUGAUUCCCUGCAUUCAGGCUAAAAUUUAGGGUAGUUUUGUGGUUACAACAUACUACAAUGGUACAUACACACCCAACAUUUUCUCUCUUUUGACAAACUUUUUGACUAAAUGCUGGAAAAUUUAGGAAACUCAAAUUAGAGAUUCCAAAUCAAUACUUGUUGCUGUUUUCCUGUGCUUUUGAUCGAUUAUUCUACCUUGAAAUGGUUGUAAUACAAUAUUGACUGUAUUUUACACUUCAGUCCCUUUUUUUUUUAGUUUGAAUUAAAGCUGUUAUGAACUGUCACUUGUGUAGUCUUAUACUACAUGAUAAUUUCCUCAAUUUUUGUACAGAGGCCCUUGCAUAUAACUUCAAUUGGGUUGCCUAUUUUUAUUUAUUUCUUAGAUACUUUAAUUAUUAUUUUUCUCUAGCAACUUCAUUGGGGGUAUUUCUCUAGAUUCUUUUGGUGCUUAUUAUUGUUGGAUGUUGUUGGUAACGAUUAAAGAGCGCAGAAAGGCUGAAAAAAAGAAUUUUGGGAACAAAGCUCUCAGAAUAUUAUAAUAAAGCUUUAUAUAGAUGUAUUUAGAACAUGGGUGGCAAUGAUUAUAAGUGGGAAUGUGCAUGUAGAUGCAAUGAUGAGUGCGAGUACAAUAUGUUUCCUUAGUAUUGUAAAUUUUUCCUUGUUUACUCUGGUUUCUUAAUGUGUUAUGUGUGAGAGGAUCAAUGCAAAUCAUCAAAGGUGGUAUGGGAAUAUAAUUCCUGUCUUCACUUUUUUGUGAUUUUAGAUAUGAUUAAUGAUUUUUAUGCUACUGUGAAUAUUGGAAUGGCCUUGAUUUGUAGUUGUUUUGAAUGGUGCUGCAAGUCAAGAUGCAGCUCUAUUGUGGAUGCAUUUGUCUCUUUACUCUUAGAUGACAGAGGGUAUUUUCGUACUAUAAAUAUUAGGUUGUAAAUUUUUAUCUUCAAACUUGCCACUCAUAUUGAUGAACACUUUGAUGUAAGAUUAUUUGUGGUCUCCGGUUGUCCUCUUGCUAGGCCGAGGCCUCCUCAACCUCUGUAGAGUAGAGUGUGGAAAAUUAUUUCUUGACAUUUGUCCUUCCAAGUGGGUAGCCUUCUCAUGUAGUCGUUGAAAUGUAGCAACUUGACCAUUGAUUUGAGACACAAAUUGAAACAAUACAUAAAUAUUUCAAAAAAUUCACAAAUUGAAUGCUUAUUUUUUGCCUGUACACAAGAAUAUUUUCAAAUAUAGUUUCAUCCAUGUGCACCAGUACUGCUAUGAAUGACAGUCUGUGAAAUUGUUGGAAUUAAAACAUUGCAUGGGAAGGGUGAUACGGAAACUAGUCCUCACCAAUGCACAGUUAGUUUGUGUAGUGUAUAUGAUGGAUGAAAUGAAAAUGAAUAGAUGGACAUGACAUAUACUUAUAUUUUAGUUGAUUUGUUUUUUCCCUGUGUUGGUCAUAGUAUUUUUUAUCCUUUGUCCUACCUUGAAAUGGUUGUGUAAUGCUAAUUGUAUUUUGCACUUGUGUAGUCUUAAACCUGUUAAUUUCCUCAAAUCUGGUACAGGGGCAUUUGCAUAUAACUUAAAUCAGUUUUCCCUUUCUUUUAUUAAGUAACUACCUAAGUAUUAUUUUUCUCUACGAACUUUCUUGGGUGUAGUUUUCUAUUUCUUUUGGUUCUUAUCAUUGUUGGAUGUUGCUGCAACUUGCUGGUAAAGAUUAAAGUGCGUAGAAAGGCUGAAAAGGAGAAUUUUUGGAGCAAACCUCUCAGAAUGUUAUAAUGAAGCUUAUUUAGAUAGUUCUAGUUUUCAAAACACAGGUGGCAAUGACUAUAUGCAUAUUGUGUAUGUAGAUACAAUGAUGAGUUCAUGUUUCACUGGAAUUGUAAAUUUUAUCUUGUUUACUCUGGUU